AUGGCUGACCGGGAUGCGUGGGUGUUGUCCAAUCGCGUGCAUGGCGCGCAGUUCGACGACCAGGUGUGGGAGCAAUUCGAGGACUACGACGAACUUGCCGCGCCGCACGCUGACAGGGACGCCGCGGGUGUCGUUGACGCCAGCUGCGACGCGGUGCACGCUGCGAGACUGCGACAGGUCGAGGUUGCAGAAACUGACGGCGGCCGCAAGGACCUGUUGUCUGGCCGCUUGGUUGACGGUCCGCGAGAGGCGCGCGAGCUGGCAGGCUGCGAGGGAGCACAAGGGGACGCGCGUUGCGUGAACGGGUGGGGAGAGCAGCAGGAGGAUGGGGGCGGGAAUGGCGCUGGGGAUGGCGUUGGCGUGGGCAAGCACAGUCCUCAUGCGCGCGCGGACCAUAGCGCCGCUUGCGCCUUCCCGCGCGCCGAGCUACCAAGAUCCCCGGACAGGCAAGGCGGGGCUUGCGCGGACGCGAUGGUGGACGGCAUGGCAAGUGAGCCGUGGGGUCACGAGCAGGCGAGCCACGUGGAUGAGCUGAUGAGGUCCGCCUAUGCCACGGACGCGCUUUCUUUUCCCUCCGGGGACUUUCUUCCCCUCCCCUCCGCGGACCCUCCCUCUCCCUCCUCCGCGGACGCUCUCCCCCAUCUCACGCGCGCCGACCUGCACUCGUGGUGGGGCCCCGCCUCCGAUCCCUCCGUGCCGCUGCCGCCCGCGCCCGCGCUCCUCGAUGCUGCCUGCGCCUUCCCCUCCGCCGGCGCCGCCGACGAGCGUUGCCGCGAGGAGGAGCGGCGCGCGGCGCAGGUGUGGGCGGUGGAGGAGCUGGAGGCGGAACACGAGGAGGGGGGCGACCACGCGGGAUGGGGGGACGGCGCGGAGGGCGAUGGAGGGGCGAAGGCGGAUGGCGCUGUUGCGUCGGACGCGGACAGCAAGGGAGCCGCGAGAGCAGGGCUUUUGAGCAAUGGUGGCGGUGCUGCUGCUGCUGCGUGUGUGGCACAGGCCCACAGCUGCGCCCUGCGCACGGCAGCGGCGGACAGCGCGCCGUCGAGGGAGGGUGGCUCCAGCGCCGCGCGUGCUGCGAGCGUGAGCAGCAGCGGGGCGGCAGCUGAGGCUGGCGCACCCGGCAGCUCCAGCCCCGGUGGCUCCUCGCGCUGCCUCUCGCAGGCGAGGCGGAGAGCAGCGACGCGCAGGAGGAGGGAGGGCGAGCAGCGCACCACGGCGUCCAGAAAGCUGCCCUUGGGACAGCACGCCGUGCCCUUCCCCUCGCUGCCGCAACACUUCCCCAACUACUGCCCGCCCUUCUUCGCCCCCCACAUGUCCGCUGCGCCGCUCUUGCCUCUCGCCUCAAGCCAGCCCGCCAGUGCCCGCCCUGCCUCCGCCGCGCCCACUCCCUCGCCCGCGCCUUACCACUACUCUCGCCCGCCCUCGCACGCCCUCCCCAUCCCUCCCUGCCCUGCGCCCACGCAUCUCUUCCGCUACUUCCCUCCCGCCCACCUGCCCCGCCUCCCCCACUUCCCCAACUACCCGCUCACCUCGCAACCGCUGCUGCCCGCCUUCCCUUCCCGCCUCCUGCCUCCCGCGCACCCCUGCCCGCCGCCUCAGCGGCCCCCAGUGCGCGCCACGCCGUCGCCACCCGCCGCUGCACCCCCCCCUGCUGCAGCUGCUGCCUCGCCCCUCGCUGGCACAGGCACCGUGAGCGAGCCUGGUGCUGGCACGGCAGGGACGGCAGGGACGGGCAGCACGAUGGCAGUGAGGCAGGCGAGGGCAGCGGCGGAGCAGCAGAAGCAGCAGCAGGCGCUGGGGCACGCCAUGUUCGCCCUCCACCAGCACCACCCCGCGCUGCGCCACCAGCAGCAGCAGCAGCACGGCGCUCAGGCGCACGCAGAGCAGAGCACCGGGAGCGUGGGGGCGGAGCCAAAGGCGGAGUGUGGGUCUGUUGGGACGGCCCGUGCCCCCACCGCCCCUCCGCCCACUGCGGGGCAAGCGGGGAGGGACAAAGCCGUGCCGCACGCGCCCCUCCCCGCUGCCUCCGCGCCACGCCCUUGUACCCCCCGCUCCCCCUCCGUCCUUCCCACUGGCUCCUCCGCUCCCCCCUCGCUCUCCCCUUCGUCGCCCUCCCACCCCCCCCCAUCGUCCCCCUCCCCUCUCAAGCCUCCCAUGCCGGGAGUGUGGGUGCUUCCACACCUGCCCCCACCCAGCCCACUGGCGCACACUGACAGCGCGGCGGGCGGGGGGAAGGGGGAAAGCGAGGGGAAGGUCGGGGCAGGGCAGGCGGCCAGAAUGGCAGCAGUGUGUGCGAUUGCAUCGCCGGGCGAAGCUGUGAGGGGGGCACUCGAGAACCUAAGCUUGCCUGCUCCUGCUGACGAUGGUGGGUCUGUGGGCGGUGCUGACAUGGCUGUGGGCGGUGCUGACAUGGCUGUGGGCGGUGCUGACAUGGCUGUGGGCGGUGCUGACAUGGCUGUGGGCGGUGCUGACAUGGCUGUGGCCGGUGCUGACAUGGCUGUGGGCGGUGCUGACAUGGCUGUUUGCGGUGCUGACGCAGCAGAGGGGCGAUCACUCGCAAGCCCGAGGAAGGAGGAAAUUUUGGAGGCUCAGGAGCGGAGUGGGGUAGGGGAGGGGGAGGGCGAGGGCACGGCAUGUGGGCUGGCAGAGGCACAAGAGGCGGCUGCUGCUGCUGGCGGUAAUGCUGCUGGUGCUGCUGCUGCUGGUGCUGCUGCUGCUGGUGCUGCUGGUGCUGGUGCUGCUGCUGCUGGUGGGACACUGCAAGGCAGCAGUGAGGAGAGGGGAGCGGCAGCAGACGCAGGGGAGGAGAGCGGGGCGAGUGGCGUGAGUGAGGGCAGUGAGGCGGCACACUGUGGCGAGGCGGGCAUGGCCCGCGCCAACCAGGGCCAUGGGGGGGGUGGUGCGAGUGGCAUGGGGCAUGGGGCGCAGGGGGGCGAGGGGGCAAGCGAGGGCAUGGAGGCGGCCAUUCUGCACGAGCUGGAGAGCACUGUGGCCAAGCUGGCGGCGAGCAGCCGGCGGUUCAUCCACGAGGCGCUGCUGCGGCUGGCACAGAGCGCCAAGGGGCGCAGCACAGCCGGGGCAGGCGCCAAUGGCACCCACAGCAGCAGCGCCACCGGGGGCUUGAGGCCGUCCGCUGGGGGCGAUGCAGGGCGGGGCGAGCAGGCAGUGACAGCGACUGAGACAGAGACAGGGGGGGAGACAGGAGGAGGGACAGGAGUGGGGGCGGGGACAGGGUCGUCGGGGAUGAGUAGUGACGAGGGGCGGAGUCAGUCGGAGCCAGGGAGAGGUGGUGCCGGUACAGCGGGCGCAUCGGCAUCAGAGGUAGCAGGGGAGGCACGUGGAGAGGAGAGUGGGACGAACCACAUCGACCGCGCCAUCGCCAACCUGCUCUUCCGCUCGCCCCUCCUCUUCGGCCCCUCCCGCCCCCCCGCCUCUGCUGCCCUGCUGCUGCCUGCUGCACCUGCAGCGCCCCCUGGGCAUGGCGCCCCACACCACUACCCCCUGCCUGCUGCUGUCUCCCCCGUGCCGCAUGUGAGCCCCCUGCAUGCCCUGCCCUCUGCCUCCAGCCUCGCCCCCACUGCCUGCCCGCCCACCCCCCAUGCUGCUGCUGCUGCCACGUCCUCCUCCUCUGCCUCCUCCACCGCCUCUGCUGCCGUCGCUGCCACCGCUGCUUCAGUGCACAGCACACCCCACGGGUCAGCACCACCAGGUGUGCUGCCUGUGCCCAUGCCCAUGCCCAUGCCCAUGCAUGCAGCCCCACGAGCCCACCCAUCUGCCCCUGCCACUGCACCACUGCAUCUCGCUUCCACUCCUCUGCACCACUCUGCUGCGCCCCUAUCAGCAGGGCCACAGCAGCAGCGCUCCACCAGCCCAUAUCUGCAGCACCACACACCCUCCGCUGCUGCCCCUCCAUUCCUGCGCCACCCGGCGCCGCCUGUGACCCCGCCACCCCACAUGCACCCGUGGGUGGCAUGGCAUGCACCCCCGUGGGGCACUGCACUGCCAGGCGUCCCUUCCACCCCCUCAGGCGCGAGUCGCACGACAGCUGCAGACACGCCGCGCCGAUCACUUCCCGUGCCGCUUCUGCCCGCCGCCCUGCUUCCGCUCAUUAUGACGUCACCCGCAGCUGCUGCCGCUCUUAUUUCCGAGUCGCAACACGCGGUUGACUCGCUCGCCGCGGAUCACAUGAUUGCCACGUCAUCAUCGAGUCAAUUCUUCCUCGCCUCGCUGCCCGACCUGUCAACCGUUCUUAACCUCUUCCCCAAUUUCGACUUCGAAUCAGCAGUUGAAACGUGGCAGGACGUUGCGUUCGCUCUCCAAGACAACGUGGACGAGUUUCUCUACCUCGCAAGCCACCUGGCGGAGUCGCACGACCUUGCUGCCUUGUCGCCCGCGACUCUCGCGAUCAUCUACGUCGCAGGGCUGCUAACGAGCUUCGCGCCGUGCACGCUCAGCCUGCUGCCUCUCACCGUAGGCUUCAUUGCCGGAUUCGACUCCCCCCCGGCCGGCCCCUCGCCGCCCCAAUCCGCAUCCGCCUCUCCCUCCUCUCCCCCGCCCUGUUGCUGCUCCGCCGAGGACUCCCCCCCACCACUCCCCGACGCGCCGUCCGCGCGCGCCGCCAGCGUGCCGGUCAACUGCUUUUUCUUCACGCUCGGCCUCGCCGCCACGCGCACCGCCAUGGGCGUCGCCGCCGCGCUCGCCGGCCAGCACGCUGUGGGCGACGUGGGCGGCGCGCUGCCGGCCGCCGUGUCGCUGGUGGCCAUGCUGGCAGGGCUGCACCUGCUCGGCCUGCUGCCCGUUCGCCUGCCCGCGCCUGUGGCGGCGCGAUUCAGCCCCUCCGCGGUGAGCGGGUGGGUGCCCGUGGCGCUGCAGAUGGCGGCGGGCGGAGCGGCGUUCGCGUUCGUGGCGUCGCCGUGCUGCACGCCCGUGCUCGCCUCGCUGCUCGCGUUCGUCGCGUCCACCAGGGAUGCGGUGACAGGCGGUGCGCUGCUGCUGAGCUACACGAUGGGCUUCGCCACACCGCUGCUGCUCGCCGCCUCGUGCACGGGCGCGCUCAAACAGAUCUCAGCCGUCCGUCGGUACUCAGGGUGGAUCAACCCUGCCAGUGGCGCCCUGCUGCUGGGUGGAGGGGCGUAUGUGUUUGUGGGGAAGGUGCUGCCCCAUGCUGCCGUCAUGUCAACCAUCAUGUGA